AUGAGCACACAAGAUACGACAAGCAACGACACCACCUCUGCACCAGUAGAGGUGGGGUAUCGAGAGCUGCCCUUCCCACCAGUCACUAAGGAGCACAUCUUGAACUGCUCCUACCACAAAUGGCAUCCGAAAUACCGUGCCAUAACACCAAAAGCGCGUUUGAUUCCUCUCCCGUCUGCCUUCCUCGACUACCUUCGCUCAGACGGCAUCAUCCUACCCCCCGAGGAGACCGACGAUCCUUCAUGGUCGGACAACGACAGCGGCAUCUUCUCAGGCGCUGACAACAACGAUGCUGAUGAAGACGAGAGUCCAGACCCGAGCGCGCACUGGCGCGAUACACACGAAGCCAUCGAGCGUACUAUUGAGGAGCUGGGCGGCAAAGUUGCGCCAAAGUUGAACUGGAGUGCGCCCAAAGAUGCGACCUGGAUAGCCGCAACAAACAGCAUGGAAUGCCGUACACCGAACGAUAUCUAUCUACUGCUGAAGAGCAGCGACUUCGUCACCCACGAUUUGGCGCACGCCUUUGACGACACAGCCGACCAGUCUACAACCCCAGACCCAGAGAUUCCUUACCACCUCGUCUUAAGGAAGUGGAUCACACUAAACCCCAGUGUCGAGUUUCGAUGUUUUGUGCGAAACCGACGGCUGAUUGCCCUUUGCCAGCGGGAUCUGAACCACUUUGACUUCUUGUUCAACAUGCAGGACAAGCUACGCGAUACCAUUCAAGACUUUUUCGAUGCGAAACUGCGAGACACCUUCCCCGACCCUAACUUCACCUUUGACAUUUACGUGCCGCCACCGCACGACAAGGUCUGGGUGGUCGACUUCAACCCGUGGGCUGUGCGGACUGACCCUCUCAUCUUUUCGUGGAUGGAACUCCUUACUAUGGAGGUACCUGAUGCACCUGCGUUCGAUGAGACGACUGUGCGUCUGAAGAUAGCCCAACCAGGAGAUAAGAGCGAGCCGAUCAAAGCAGAUGAUAACAAUGUAGAUGAAGAUGAAGAUACCGAUGAUGAUGAUGACGACAUUGAGGAAAUAUGGCAGCCAGAGUUCCGGCUCAUAAGGAAAGACGACCCGGAGGCUUACGGCUUCUCGACUCCACAGUACAGUGCGCACAAGCUCCCCAAGGACGUCGUGGAUGCAAGUAGUGGCGGAGAGGGUCAACUGCGAGAGUUUGCGAUGCAGUGGGAACAAGCGCAGAAGUUGGCUGAGCAACAAAGAGCCGAGGACAGUGAGGACGAUUGA